GCGGGUCGGCUAUAAAUGCCGGCGGUGACUGACAGGGCGGGCAGCAGCGGCGGCGGCGGCGGGGGCAGGGGCAGCCGCAGCCCGGCCGCCGCCAUGGGCUCGCCCCGCCGGGCCCUCGCCGGCCUCCCCGGGCGGGGAACGGACGGCGUCGAGGGGGCGGAGGAGGCCGAGAGCGCGGCCUGGGCCUCCCGGCCCGACCGGCGCAGCUACCUGCUGGGCAUCCGGCCCCAGAACAGCUUAUCAAGCAGCAGAUUCUCUCCCUCCAGUUUAGGAAGGAGCACCUUCUGCGCAAUCAUUUCUCAGCUGACGGAGGAAACCCAGCCACUAUUUGAAACCACUAUCAAAUCCCGUUCUGUGUCCGAGGACUCUGAUGCUAAAUUCACGUGCAUAGUGACAGGAUACCCGAAGCCGGAGGUGACGUGGUAUAAGGAUGAUAAAGAGAUGGACCGCUACUGUGGCUUACCCAAGUAUGAGAUAUUCCGUCAUGGAAAUCGCCACACCCUGCAGCUGUAUAAGUGCCGAGAAGAAGAUGCAGGCAUUUACCAGGCCUCAGCUAGAAAUAACAAAGGCAUCGUGUCCUGCUCUGGAGUGCUGGAAGUGGGAACCAUGACGGAGUUCAAAAUCCAUCAGAAGUGGUUUGAAAAAAUUAAGAGAAAAGCUGAAGAAAAGCUGCGAGAAAUAGAACAGGGCAAGAAACGAGGGAAAGAAAAUGUGGAGGUGGAGAAGUUGCAGGGAAUGAGCCCUGAUCGGCUCCAGAGGAAGCGGAGGCUGGCCAGGGAUCUGAAUCUCCGGUCCGGAGCCUCUCCGUGGGAGAAGGAGGAUGCAGCAAAAGUGCAUGUCGCCGAUUCUCUGUCCAGAUUACAUGAGGAUAUUGCUGAGCCAAAGGAGCAGCCGGUCAACGCAAUGACGGGCUUUCCAAACAAACUAAUAGCACCUUUGAAAGCAGAGGUGACCACCAAUGGAGAUGCCUCUUUGGAAAGUGUGGAGGAGAACGGGAGUGGCUUUCUUGCGUACAUCUAUGAGACAGUGGAGGACCUAGCGACUAAGCCGAUGGUGAAAGACUCUGCGGCUAAAAAGAAAAAGAAGGUGGAGGCUCCUCCACCAGCAAAGCAGGAAGUUUCCAAGCGAGAAGAAAGUGGGCGAGACAGGGCCAACCCCUCUCCAAAUCCAAGGUUUGCCCCUCCUGUCCCCUUACGCAAAAACGCACGUUUGAGGGUGGCAAAUGAUCAAGAAGUUGAAAACAGUCCAAAAAUCAAAGAGCCCGGGAACGCUGUGAAUCAGGACACUAAAAUCAACGGUGACGUGCGCUUCUCUUUGAAAGAGAUGUAUUUUGAUAAGCAAGUGAAGCCGACAGCUGGGAAGAAGGAGGCGGGAGCCAAGGAGGAGGCUGCGAGUGAGGCUGCCCUGCAGCCUGUGGCAGUCAGCAGACAGACAGACGAUGCUUUGUUGUCCUCAGAGGUGUCGGAAGCAGGACCUGUGCAGUCCAAGGGACAGAGAGGCCAGCACCAAGCACAGAAGUUGGAGGGAAACAAAGCCAUCAGUCCAGAGGUUGUAGCAACAGUGGGACAGUCUGCUAGUGACGUAAAACAUUCAGUGUCCAGUCCAACCAUAGAGACCAGUCAGCAAGCCAAUAAGUUAAAGGAACUCAGGAAAGAGACGCCUGUCUGCCAGGAGACCAGGGGGGCUGGGAAAAGGACAAAUCCUCGGCUGAGGCCUCAGGAGCCACCAAAGCCACCAGCACCGUCUCCAGACCACGUGCAGUCCAGCAAGGAGCACCCUCCCUCUAGGAAGCAGGCAGAAGGACAUUCCCGUGCUAUUGAGGGCAGAGACACCCAACAAGGACGGUUAAAUCAAGAGGGCAAAAGCCAAGGUGAGGAAGAACCAUUGCUAAAGAAAUCGAGUCCUCCGGAGCCUAGAGAAAACGCUCCUCUUGAGCAAAUGACACAUCAGGCAGCAGUUAAGGAUGGGAAGAGCAAAGAGGCAGGAGCGGAGCUGUCCAGGAGCCAUCGGGGUGCCGAGGCAGGAGGGAGCGGUGCAGCAGAGCCAUCUCCUGGGCCUGCGCACAGGGAGGCGGGAAGGACACCUUUGGGACAUCAAGAGACUGAAACAUCAGCUCCUGCUUCAGUUCAGCUUGCCAAGGAAGAGCCGCUUCCUGCUCCUGCAGCGGGGACAUCGGUGGCCCAGGAGGCACGGCUUGCAGCUCAUGACGCCCCAGGGAUGGAGGCCACAGCAGGAGAGGCUUUGUCUGGAGCCCAGCUGCUGCCUCCUGCGAGCGGAGAAACAGAGAUUAAAAAGGCAGGUGGAUCUACCCCGCAAGAGAAGUUUUCAGCCAGCACGUUAGGGGAGGAGAGUGCCAAACCAGUGCCUGUGGGACCUCAGGGGAAGCAAGGAGGAGGGCAAACGGCCACAGCAGCUCCGCCCCAGGAACCAGCAGCACCUUCAGGCACUUUUGAAGGAGGUGCUGAGGUUCAGCCACAAGUACCGCUGGUCCUGCCUAGCCCCGAGAGACCUCAGGAGAUGUCUUUGGAGGAGAAGAUGCAGCACAAAAACCUUGUUUCCUCCUUGAAGAACUAUCUGCUGCUGCUUUUAAAAAUGUCAGAUAGCAGUAAGGAUGCUGCGAAAGAAGACACUGACCCCAGGGACAAGGAUGAGCCUGAUGCAGAGGAACUCAUGCUCCCAGAGAUAGGCAUUGCAGGCCUGAGCCCCCGCACUUCAAGGAGAGUUUUGGAAAAGGUACAAAACAAUCAGCUCUUCCAGACAGCGGAGAACUUGCCUCUGACCCCCAGGACAUCCAGGCGGAUCACAGGCAUGAUUAACGAGGAAUUCGUUACCAGCAAGGAGAUGCUAGCUUGCAGGCCUGUGCCACCAAAGAGACGUACCCGGGUUGCUCCCGAGGCAGAGGGGCCACCCCAGCUCUCUGUGCCCUCCAUCGUGGUGGGCAGCAUGCCAGCAGCAGGAGUGGGGCAGCCUCCUAAUAAUAUUUCCGAUUUGCCUCCAGUGAGCCCUGAAACAGAGAGCCCUGGUGACCCUCUGGCAGUGCUACCUUGUGCAACGCCAGAGGAGCUUGCUUCUGGGGCCCGGCGCAAAAUAUACCUGCCAAAAACCAAGCAGAUGGGGGAGGAAGAGGAGGCAACCCCAGAGAGCCCAGGGCACGUGAGAAGUCCUACCGUUUCGCCACGGCAAUCCAGGAAGAACCCGGCCCUGUUGCAGUCGCCUGCCCUGGCUCCAUCGCCUCCCGCAGAGCAGCGCUCGCCAACCCUCACAAGGAAGAUGGCCACAUUGGAGGUUCCGAAGCUGUAUGAGGAGCCCGCAGGUGACAGCAGUGGUGACCACGAGGCCCCUGAAGAUGCUAAGCCAGAAGCACAGCCAGCAGAAUCCAAGAAAGCAAAUAACCCAUUUAAAGCUCCACAGGUGAUUCGUAAGAUCAGGGCAGAACAAUUUUCCGAUGCAUCAGGAAACCUGAAACUUUGGUGCCAGUUCUUCAAUAUUUUGAGUGAUUCUAAGCUGAUGUGGUACAAGGACGAGAUCCCUGUAGCAGAAGCCCAAAGGAGCGCUGGUGAUGAGGGCCAGGCAGCCUUGGCUGUUGUGCAGGCAUCCCAGAAGGACUGCGGGGUCUACCGGUGCGUGAUCAGCAACGAGUACGGCACUGACUCCACCGAUUUCCUGCUCAGCCCAGAAGUGCUGUCAGGAUUUAUCUUGCGGGAGGAGAUUGAAGUUGGAGAGGAGAUCGAGAUGACGCCCAUGGUGUUCGCGAAGGGUUUGGCUGACGCAGGCUACUGGGGGGAUAAGCUCUUCGGGCGCGUGGUGAGCGAGGAUGUGGAAGUGGGUGCUGGUUUCCUGCGCAAAGCCUGCCGUGCCAGAGCCAUCUAUGGCCUGGAGCCCAUCUUUGAGUCUGGCCGCACCUGCGUCAUCAAAGUGCACAAUUUCAUUGUCUUUGGGACCAAGAAUGAGAACAGCCUCAUCGAGAAGAACUAUGAUAUCACCAUCCAGGAAUGUAAAAUCCAGAACUCCAGCCGUGAGUACUGCAAGAUCUUUGCUGCUGAGGCACGAGCCGUCCCUGAUUUUGGAGCGGUGCCUGAGAUAAUUCCUCUGUACCUGAUUUACCGACCGGCCAACAACAUCCCUUACGCCACAAUGGAGGAAGACCUGGGCGGGCCCUGCGAGCAGUACUGUAUCACCGAGACAGAUGGCAGCUUGGUGGCACGAGGCACCUCAGAGAUUGUGCUCAAAUGCUGCACCUUCCAGCACUGGGUCUACCAGUGGACAAAUGGAAAUAUCCUCGUGACUGACAUGGAAGGAGUGGGCUGGAAGAUGACCAACGUGCGGAUCGCUACCAACCUGAAAGGGUACCAGGGGCUGAAGGAAAGCUGCUUCCCCUCCCUGCUGGAGCAAUUCACGGCGGCUCACCAGUGUAACCGUUACUGCAGCAUCCUGGGCCUGAAGACACUGGAGCCAGCCAAGCCCAAGGGCUCCAAGAGCCCCUCCAUGGGUAGGAAAUCUGCCCAGUCCAGCCCCCAGCUCCAGAAGAAGGGGCUGGCAAGUCCCCAGGGUACCCGCAAGGCUGCCGUGAGCCCCAAGAGCUCCCGGAGAGCUGCAGAAACAGGGGAGGCCCCAGCAGCCUCCAAACCCGGGUCAGGAGAGAGUGGCAGGUCUGGCCGCACGCAGUAGCCAGAGCCACCACAGCUGGGACCCCCUGGUCCAGACCCCAGCUCGAGCAGCCCGGAGGCAGCACGCGACCAGGCUGGGAAGGGGAGACCCCGGCAGUGGCUGCUGCUGCUGCUCUCCUCCCUUUGGCUCCCGCCCCAGCCCAUGGCACUUGCAUUGUGUGGUGUGUGCUAGUGUGAGCGGCUCAGCUGGGGUCGCGGGGGGGGGCUGUGAGCUGUGGGCAGCGCGGACCCCCAUGCCAAUACCUCUUUACAAGAGCUGCUGCCGGUGGUGGAUCCUGUGGGGCCACAUGCCCCUCCACGCUUGGGCUGGCUUUCCUCUCUCGACUCUCUCCGUUUGCCUUCCUUAAGGCAGGGGCCAUCAGACCUGCUCCUUCGGGCUUUGCAGCUGCCAUGUCCCCUGCCUGGCUCCCCUGAGCAAACUGGGAGUCCGGGCUGCCCUCCUGGCUCCCAGCACCUCCUCUCCCUCUUUGUGUCCUCCAUAAAGCGACUGUGCCAAGCCCUGCCAGCGCUCUGUGUCAAGGAUGUGAACCCCAACAGAACCCAGGUGGUCUCAUGUGCCCUGGCACACCAUGAUUUAAAAGGUUUCGCUGCAGAGGGGUUUAGCAGUGACCUGCGGGGCUCCUGCUGCUACUGUGUGGGGCUCUGGGGUGCAGGCCAGUCCCAUGGCAGGGCACUGGCAUCAGUACCGGCAACUGCACGGGGAUGGGAUCUUGCACCCCUGCCCUCCCGGCCUCUCUUGCGCCCCAGGGUGAGCCUACCGCGCCCUUGCCGGGUGGACGCUGAGGGUGGCGGUGCUGCUAUGGGUGCCGGCCAGUGCCACGGUAAGGAUGCUCUACCUCACACGGGACACCCGGGAGCGGAGCAAAGGGGAGACUUCCCCUCCAUGCCAGGUGCCGCUUUGGCACAUGUGGGUGUCCAGCCCCAUAGGACUCACCCCUACUUGCCCACCGGCCAUACGCAGACCUCGUAUGCCCUGCCCAGCCCCAUAGCACGACCUGGUUAUGCUUGCUUAGCGUUACCCCUGCUUGGCACAUGCCAUACCCCGGUGGCAGCUAGCGGCACCGGCUCCAGAUCCCGCUGCCCCACAGCAGGAGACGGUGAUGGACAGGCAGUGAUGCUCGUGCUGGAAAGUAAAGCACCCUGCACCGCAUCAAGCCUCCCUUGCGCCCGUCAGCUCGCUCAGGCACGCAGCAGCCGGCAGAGCGUGGCAGUGGGCAGCAAGGCUUAUGAAGACUCCCAGCGCUGCCUACUUCUGCUUGCUGCAGAGCAUCACCUUCCCUAGGGCUUUGGAGGAGGGUGCCGGGUGUCAGCAAUGCCACCCCACAUGGUGGUGUCCGAAAUGGUGGCUCCGUGCAGCCUGGCGGAGGAGGGAAGGGACGGGGCUGGGAGUGUGGCGUGCUCUGGGGUCCCGGUGCUUUGUUGUUGGGUCAUUGUAAAAUAACGAUGUACAUAACGUGGCCACGUUGGUGAACGGGUUCUCUUGAGUGCAAUAAAGCGAGGACUGGCCUGUU